UGAAAAAAUUCAAAACAAGAACAGACCUGAUAAAUUAAUUAUAGACUAAGACUUCGAUCUAGAUCUAUAAUCUAGUCUAGAUCUAGUCUUGAUAUACACUGAAUGUUUUGUUUAAUUUGCUAAGACCGUAGUCUCUAGAUCUAGACUAGUCUAUGAUAUAGAUCUAUCUAGAGUAAUCUAGACUAGAUCUAGUCAUAUUGACCAAUGAUCAAUGUGAAUGUUUAUGUUACUAUUACCUCAAUACUUGUCGUAACUUGAGACUUGAGUGUAGUGUUACGUGUAGACUAGUGUAGACGUAGACUGUACUGAAAUCACAGUCACUCACAGUGAAAUAGCAAAUUCAAAUACUCAUAUUUAACAAUACUUAUACGGAAAAUGACAACCUUGGAAGAUCCAUCAUUAGAACGCCAUUUUCGAGGCCACAGAGAUGUAGUCACAUCAGUGGACUUCAACCCUAAUAUGACUCAGUUGGCUUCCAGUUCACUGGACAAUAACUUGAUGGUCUGGAAUUUCAAAGCUAAAAUGAGAGCCUACAGAUUUGUAGGCCACAAGGAUGCAGUCAAUUAUGUCAAAUUCUCCCCAUCUGGUCACUUGGUAGCGUCUGCAUCUAGAGAUAAAACUGUGCGGCUGUGGAUACCUAGUGUAAAAGGAGAGUCUACAGUAUUUCGAGCUCACACAGCAACAGUCAGGAGUGUGGAGUUUUCUCACGAUGGCCAAGCCAUGGUCACAGCGUCUGAUGACAAGACUGUCAAACUCUGGACAGUACACAGACAAAAAUUUAUGUUUUCUUUGACACAACACAGCAACUGGGUGAGGAUAGCCAAAUUUUCACCUGAUGGACGAAUAGUUGCUUCAGGAAGUGAUGAUAAAACAGUUUUACUCUGGGACCUCAACAGUAAGCAGCCAACACAUACAUUCCAUGAGACUGGAGGUUUUGUCAAUUAUGUAGACUUUCACCCCAGUGGUACUUGUAUAGCUACAGCAGCUACAGAUGGCAGUGUCAAGGUAUGGGAUAUCCGUGUCAACAAAAUUCUUCAAAACCAUACAGCUCAUGCUGGUGCUGUCAAUAAACUUUCCUUCCAUGCCAGUGGUAACUACUUGUUGACUGGCUCUGAUGAUGCUACUUUAAAAAUAUUUGAUCUUUUAGAGGGAAGAAUAUUCUACACACUUCAUGGUCAUCAGGGACCUGUUUCUGCUGCUACCUUCUCAAGAAAUGGUGAAUACUUUGCCUCUGGAGGACAUGAUGAGCAGGUAUUGGUUUGGAAAACCAAUUUUGAUGUGCUGAAUAACAGUCAAAGUCAAAAGAAGCUUAACCGGUUGAUAGAAAAACCUCUCGUUGAAGACAUUCCACCUAGACAAGACUAUUCAUCACAUAGAAAUUCGGAAGAAAAUACGGUUGAUGCACGCCAACAAAUUCAUAAAUUAGAUGACAUAACGCAUGGUAUAACAAAUGUUGGACCAACUCAUCUGAAAUCAGAAAUGGAUGAUAAGUGCUGGUCUCACGUGGACAGUGACACACCAGAGGUUUCCUCUGAGGCAAAGCCUGCCACAGCUCUACAGCCUCAGUUAGUCCUAUUCAUGCAGCAUGUGGCUAGCCAGCUGGACAUUCUAACACAGACAAUUUCCUCCCUUGAAGAAAGAGUCACAAAAACAGAAGACAAACUGGCAGAGUGUUUGAAAAUCAAAAAUGACUAAGAGGAUACUGACACUGAGUGAAAUAUGUACACUAGCCAUACAAGUUAACACCUUCACUGUCAAGAGAUUAGCUUGAUAGUAACAAGCAGAAAGUCUUGAUGAUAAAUAGAUUUAUGUAUUAAGCCAAGUACUGAAUAUAGUUGUAUGCAUGGAACCAAAUAACAAGUGUAAUUCAAUUAAAAAGGAACAACUAUUGAAUGUGUUAUUUUAUAUGAAAUGAGUAAAGUAAUUGUUUACCUUGUAUCAAUCAACUUUAGAAUCCUCCUACCAAGCAAGACAAGAAUGUAUGCUAUUUAUGAUAUAUGUUAUACUUAUGUUAACAUAAUUUUCUUUGUAUAGUAUUUAUUAGUUUUUAUCCUCACUAGACUUAUUCAAAUUCAUAUUAUAUCCUUUUUAAAGCAAAAAUAAAACAUGAGCAAUGUACAUAAUUUUUUUUUUACUAGCAAAGUUUAGAGAACAUUUUGUGUAUAAUAAAACUAUUCUAAGGAUGACUGGCUCAAUCAUUUUAAUUUUUUCUCUCUCCUUACUUAGACCAACAUUUUCUUUUUGUUUGUACAUGGGCUGCUCAUCAGACACAAAAUAGUUUCACUACUUUUACUUUGUAUUCCGUCCACUUGAUGACAGUGUAGACACUAUAAAUAAUGUAGUGUUGUUGUUUUUAUUUGCUCUGUAUAUAACUGAACAUUACUUUUUAAAAACUCCAAUCAAUAAAACAUUAAUGAAAUGUA